CCCUCCCAAACCAUAAAGCUCAACCUCUUUUCCCCAUUUCCUUGUACUAGCCGCUAUAUGUGUAUUUAUAAAAACUCUCAGUCAGUCAGGCUGGCUAACGAUAAAAAGAACAGACAUGAAUUCCACGCAAACCUGACACCAUUUAUAAGAUUGCUCUUAUUGAGUCACUAUGCACAUUCUUCCUCCACCAAUCAACUCCUCCACAUAAUUUAAAAACCGUUGAUCCAAACCAGACCCUUCUCAAUCCACAGCUAUAAAUAGCUUCCAAGCUCUCCAUUCUUAAUGACUCCUACUUAUCGUAUCCAAAAACAAAAACCCAAUUGCGUUUAACACGAGCCCAAACUCAAAUCUUCAUUAACAGAGCAUAAAAACAGAGUCAUGGGCAGAGUAUUAAGAUGCUCGUCGUGGGUUUGUCUAGUGAUUAUGGUACUGGUUUUAUCAUCAUCCAGUGGCAGAGUUGAAAGCGGCCGGCGGCUAGUGAGCCCACCAGCAGACGUCCGCGGUGGCCAGGGAAGCCGACUGGCUCGGCUUUCGGCGGCGUUGAAUCAGGCGGCUGAAGAAGCUAACAGCAGAGCAGGAGGCAGAGCUCCUGAGCGACUCAGUCCCGGCGGACCAGACUCUCAGCACCAUUAACUGAUUCGCCGGCCGGCAUGAUUAUUAGUUUUUACACCGGGAGAUGACGGUUUUUUUGCUUAUUGUUCUCUCGUGUAAUGUUUGUAGAGCUUGAUGCUACAUUUUUAGUAUCGUCAUUAGAGAGACUUGCUUAGAAUAAAUUUGGUGAAAAAUU